UCUUAUGGUGGUGGAUUGAAUAAUGUAUAAUGGAGACAUACCAUAACGCCAUGGCCACGGACAUAGACAUCAAUUGAACUUUAGUUUUCUGCCGUAACCAUAACAGAGCAAACGAUUGUUUAUUUAUUUGUAAUUAUUCUAUUGUGUUCUGAUAUUGAUAAUGGAUGACAAAAAGCUAAUUGAGUCUGUUCGAAAUUGUCCUUGCCUGUAUGACAAAACUCACAAAGACUUCAAGGAUAGGGAGAAAAAAAGACGAGCUUGGAUUGAAGUUGCCAAUAAUUUGGACGUUGAUGAAACUAUAGCUAUGAAACGCUGGGGAAAUUUGAGGGAGCGAUUCAGCAAGGAGAUACGAAAUCCGCAAAACACCUCUGUAAGUGGAAAGCAGUGGGCCCUAUUAGAAAGUCUGCAAUUUCUACGAAGUCAUAUUAUCUCCCGACCCAUGCGACAAAGUGCCCCAAUAUUGAAAACCGACAUUAAACCAGAUAUUCUUAACGAAUCGUCGUCAUCAUCUUGUGUUUUACCUGUGCAAUCUGUUCAACUUGACUCCGAAGAAUCAACUUCAACGUUUCCAAUGCAAUCAAAUUCAAUUUCGCCCACUAAGUCUUGGCCAUCAACGUCACGGAUAAAAAAGCGAAAGUCCUCUCUACAGCUUGGCGAAAUGGACACCACUAUAGGGGAGACAGUAAAAACAUUUCAGGAAAUAUCUACACGAAAGGCACACCGAGAAGAAUUUAGUUUGGAGAUAUGCGGUUUUGGUACAAUGAUAUGCUCGGCAAUUUCAAAAAUGAAAAAAUCCACCCAAGCUGCUGUGAUUCGUCGUUGCACGGAUAUUGUUAUGCAGGCGCAGAUUGACGAAGACCAACGGGAAUGAAAAAAAAAAAAAAAAAAAUAUUUAAUUAUAAUGCAUUGUAAUUAUAUUCAUAGAAAUUAUCUCUGAUGCUGAAAUCAAAGUACAAAUAAUAUAGUCAUAAAAUGAACCACUACUACAUUAUAUAUGUAAUAACCUAUUAAAUUUAAGAAUUAAAUACAGUGGAAUAUGA